AGGCGUCAGACCGACGUUAGCAGAGAGAGCGUGUCAAAAGGCAGUUAGGUGGGAGACCAGCGCGUUCCAGGGGUGCACGGCACGCCUCCAGCGUGCCUUCGUAAUACCAACCGAAAAGUCUGAAACCACGUAAAGUUUCAGAGGGGCGUGGGGAGAACGGUGUUUGCCGCACACGCGUCCCCGCCGGGCGCCAAGCGCAACGCCGGCUUGCCGCAAAGAGCAAGUUAAAAUAAAAAGGCACGGCUCUUCCCCCCGCCCUCACGGCCGGGCACCCUGCGGCCGGCACUCGGCCACCCCCCGCACGGAAAGAGCCCUCAGGCUGGGAAGGGGAGCUCCCCGGCACCCCCCCGCGCCGCUGUGCCCGCCUGCCGCGCCUGCGCCCUGCGGGACCGUCCCGGGCCGCGCCGCCAUGGCGGUGCACUACUGCGGGCUCUGCCGCCGCACCUCCUUCACCGGCCGCCGGCACCUGUACAGCGCCGCGCACCGGCGGCGGCUGCGGGAGGCGCUGGGCCGGCUGCAGGAGGAGGUGGCGGCGGCGCGGGCGGCGGCGGCUGCGGCGGGGGACGGGGCCGGCGACGGGGCCGUGCGGCGCUACGACCCGGCGGAGCACGAUCGGCGCGUCUGGUGCCUGUGCUGCGGGAGCAGCGUGCGGCGGGACGGGCGGCGCGGCGGGCUGGCGCUGCUGCAGGCCGGCCUCCUCCAGCACCUGGCCGGGCCCGAGCACCGCCGGGAGACGGCGCGGUUCUGGCGGGAGAACAGGGCGGAGGCGGCGCUGCGAGAGCGGUUCCUGGUGUCGGCCGAGGAGUACGAUCGCUUCGCAGAGGCGAUGGAGCGGGCGCUGGCCGCGCACCAGCGGCGGGAGGAGGAGCGCAUCCGCCAGAUGGCGGCCGGCAUCCGGGAAGCCGAGCGCAGGCAGCGGGAGACCGUGCAAGCUGCCCUCCAGCUUCAAACAGAGCCAGAGCUUUGUGCAGGACCUUCUGUCUGCAGCCCCCCAGCCGGACCCGGAAGGGACUCCUCUCAGGAUGCGGAGCAGCCUGGCCCGAGCGGGAUGCAGACGGGGCCUGACUUAAACUGGACAGAAUCAGGCCAGGCUUUGACCUUCAUUGGCCACCAGGAAACAGAAGGGAAAGGAAACGUUCACACAGGAGCAAAACCUCCGUGGCUAACAGAGGAAGAGGAGGAGGAGGAUGGAAGUAAACGACAAAUCGGACCUUCGUAUGAGGAAUUUCUCAAGCAAAAGGAGAAGCAGAAGCUGAAAAAGCUCCCAGCGGAGCGCGUUGGUGCCAACUUUGACCAUACCUCUCAGACAGGUGACAGCUGGCUCCCUUCCUUCGGGCGGGUUUGGAAUCACGGCAGGAGAUGGCAGUCCAGGCAUCAGUUUAGAACUGAAUCAGGGGAAAAGAAGAAAAAAAAGUGAUCAGAAGAGGAGCACCGAAGAAACCAGAGCUAUGACCACUGUGGAAAGGCAGACUGUAGGCAGCUGCAGCUUUGUCAGGGCUGUUGCUGCCGCCAAGUUCAGCGCUCUUAUUUAAUAUAUAAUCUAGAUGCGUUCGGUCCCCGGGAAGGUAGGAACUGUUACCGAAAGCUGCUCUGCCAGGGGGUGUCGCAGUAGCUCCACUUCCCCAGAUGUAUCUGGGCACCGAUUUCUGAAGUCUUAAGCUACACAAAGGCAGAUCCUGCCAGCAAGGAAGGUCUCCUGCCUGCGCUGUAUCUUCAUAAUCAGGUGGCCGACCUUAGACAGCACAUAGUGCCGGUGUCCUGCGUUGAUGGCGUGACGUCCCGUUAAAGAAAUAAGUUUUUGAGAAAUAAACCUUUUUUUUUUUUUUUUUUAGAUUACCUCUGUUAGUAGACCAACUGAAACACGUUUCAGAUACAGGGCCCGCUCUGGAGGAAACUGAUGAUGUUCCAUCUCAUGUUUUCAUUCUAAUUUGUAUUUUCACUCGUUCUGCCUCACCUAAAGGACAACUAUUUGGUCCUCCGUAGAAGAAAGGAGGCCUUAAAGACCUUUGCUGUGCGCAGUUCUUACUUUUAAUUUAAAUAAAAUACUUACAGCCUUAUUUAGAGCUGCUUAACUAUGUUUCUGCAGUAGACCCUGACCCAAAAGAUGCUGUCACCUCGUACACACAAUCUGUGGGCACAGCUUGUUUAGCGGGAGUUUAAAUAAAUAACGAAAAUAUCUCACUAGCGCCUUCCCUGUC